UAGGGAUUAUAAAUUCCAAAAAGGCCGCUCAUCUCCCAGAGCCGGAUCCCUGAAAUUCUACUCUGUCUGCUGUUGCCAUUGCCACCAUUCUCAGGACCCUCACCAUGAAAGGCCUUCUGCUGCUCACCCUGUCUGCUCUGUUCUGCUGGGUCUCAGGGUGCAGAUCAUUCUCUCAGACGCCUGAGCCCCUGAGUCCAGCCGCCAUGGGCACCUCCAGCAUCUUCCUCUGCCUUCUGUUCCUGGGUGGGGCACUGGGUCUCACCACCUCCCCCGCCCGGAGACGGCUCCGCUGUUACACCUGCAGCUUUGCCAAACCCUGCUAUCCUGUUCCCACUGAAUGUCAGGAUGAUGAAGUUUGUGGCAUCAGUGUUGGCACCUCAGAACAGAGUGAGGUCAUCGAGCGGAAAGGCUGCCUCCCAAGUGCCCAGUGCCCUCUGCAGGGCUAUGUCACCUACUGGUUACGCUCCUACGCUCUGCGGCACCACUGCUGUGAGCAGGACCUGUGCAACUCAGCCAUCACGCCGCAGCGGCCCCCCGACGCCCUUCUCAUCACCCCGCUUCUCCUCUCAGCCAGCUUCACCUGGGGAGGCCACCUCCUCCACUAGCCUCACGUGGACCAGCAGCCUUCAACCCAAGAGUCCUCCGCUAUCACUGUGGCACAGACACUCUUGAGAUCUGCCCAAGAACCUGAUUUUGUGCAGAGACCUCCAAACCCUUGGCCCACCACCUUCCCAGACCCCUCCCAAGACCUGCCUCCUGGCGGCAUGGCUCAGAGGUACCUGCCCAGAGCCCCGCCUCAUAAAGAACACCUGUUCUAAAUCUCUUGUCUUUUCUAGAUGCCUGUUGCUGAGGCAUUCCCUCAGCCCCAGCUCUCUGGCAAGGCCUGUAUUUGAUGGAGCUGUGGGUCCCAGGCAAGGGGAUUGAAGGGGUGAGGAAGAGAGUCCUGCUAGGAAAGAUUAAUUUGGUAGGUCAGGAAGGAGGGCUUGGGGAACUAUGACAAAUAAAUGUAAUAAAAGUGCGAUCUGGGAGUUUGGUAACACCA